AGCCCUAUGUUGGGCUCCACGCACAGCAGGGAGUCGGCUGGAGAUUCUCUCUCUCCCUCUGUCCCUCUACCGCCCCCUCUCUAAAAUAAAUAAAUCUUUAAAAAAGAAAAGGAGAAUAGCAAGGUUCCAAAUGAUAGAAAGAGCCCUCAGUCUGGGCUCUGGUAGAUCAUCCUGCGGGGUGUCUGCCCAGCCUAGACCCUCCUGGGGGGAGAAAGUUUUGGGGCUUGUAGUGGGCUGAAUGGUAACCCCGAAAGAUCUCAGGACCUAAGUUCUAGGACCUGAGAAGUUACCUUACAAGGUAAAGGUUUUGCAGGUGUGAUUAAAUUAAGGGUUUUGAGAUGAGGUUAUCCGGGAAUCACCAGGUGAACUCUAGAUGCCAUCCACAAGUGCACUUGCAAAUGAGAGCUGGGGGACACCACACACAAAGAAGAGGAGGAAGCAGUGUGACCACGGCCGCAGAGACUGGCCUGGUACGUCUGCAAGCCAGGGACUGCCAGCAGCCCUGGAGCUGGAGGAGGCAAGGGGAUUCCCCUCUAAGCAUCCAAGGGCGCUGCAACCUUGACUGUGGCCCAGCUGAUGCUGGUUUUGGACUUCUGGCCUCCAGAACCAUGAGAAGAUACCUUUCUAUUAUUUUAGGCUACCAAGUCUGUGGGAAUUUGUUGCCUAGAACAUGUAGCAUAUAGAGCAUGGUUCACCUCUGUCUAUAGGAAGGCAGAGAGAACGUUAGCUGGAAAUGUUGCCUGGGGGCUGGAGACCUGAACAGUGCCUAGAGAAGCAAAAAAAAAAAAAAAAAAAAAAAAAAAUCCAUCUGCAGUAUUAAGUUAAAACCACCUGUCAAAGCAGGGGACCACCUUCACCUCAAAAUUCCCCAAGGCACACUCAUCCUGUUUGCUCCUUGGUCCAGAUCUAUCAGGGCCCUCUAUCUUUUGACUCAAAAAAAAAAAAAAAAAGUGGGGGGACAGAGGGUAAAAGCCAGAAUAAAGCCUCUAGCUCUUUCCUCGCCAUCAUGUUUCUGUUCUUAGAGUAAACAUGAAAGGACAGAAAUAUAGAGAAAAUUUAAGAAGCCACCCACUCGUUCUUGAGCCUAAAUAGCACCAGGGCCAAGAGCAGAGAAAAAGCCCACCCAGCCCUCCCACUCCACCCAAAAGGAGGAAUCCGAGCGGCUAUAUUGGUGUCACGUGAGCGCUACUCUCUCAGGUCACAGCUGAUUGGACCGGAGGUGUGUGGCCACCUGACCCAGGAGAACCAAUCAGAAGCUGAGCUGGGCUAAGCCCUGCUCCCUCAGGAAUUGGUCCUGUGAUGGAUGGAGAGGCCGUUGGAUGAUGGGGUCUCGGGGAUUAGGGGGCAGUUUGGGCGCCAUCGUGAUGGGCCACAGGAACAGAUAACUACCUACCUCCGUGGAAUGCGGUACAGCAGUGAGAAUGAAUGAGCCAGUGACAUCACACAACAAGGGCAAAUCCCAUAAACAUCAUGGGAAAGCAGAGAGUAUGAAAGCUUACCUAAAGAGUGCAGAAGGCUUUUUUGUCCUGAAUAAAAGUACUACUGUUGGAAGGCAUGAAGACUCAGACCUUGUUUUAGAGUCUGCUGACAUUGACAACCAUCAUGCACUUAUUGAAUAUAAUGAGAGCGAGGACAGCUUUGUUCUCCAGGACUUCAAUUCCCGAAGCGGUACCUUCGUCAACGAGUGCCACAUUCAGAAUGUGGCCGUGAAGCUGCUACCCGGAGACAUCCUGAGAUUUGGGUCUGGAGGGCUGACCUACGAACUGGUCAUUGAAAAUCCACCCUCGGUCUCCUUCCCAUGGAUGAGUGGUUCGGUACCUUGGCCAAGACCACAGCCACCUCGAGCCACACAGCAGUCGAAACAGUCACCCUCACCACCACAGAUGCCCUUCCGCCCAGGCAUCUGGCCACCACCAGUGCAGAGGAGCUGGUCCCAGGGGUUUCCCAGACCCACCAUGGUCCCGCCUGCCUCCCACAAGCGGCCUGUGAGUGCUGGUGGGAAGAUGUUCUCCUUUGUAGUGGAUGGCACUCACAGGCCUCCCAUCAUCAAGCAAGUGUGGACCAAUGCUGUGGAGCUGUCGGAACAGUCAGUGGUCGAAGGAAUUUCCGGGGCAGGACCUUCCAGGGAUAUUUAUGUGGACCAGGACCCAGCCCAGCAGGAUAAGGAUGAAAUCAUUCUGCUGCUGGGGAAAGAAAUCAGCCGUCUCUCGGAUUUUGAACUUGAAUCCAAAUACAAAGACGCCGUGAUAGCGAAGCUGCAGGAUGAAGUGGCCAGCCUGAGUCAGAGGCUUUCGGAGUCCACCUCGUCCAGGCAGAGUCGGUUCCAGGAUCUGGAUGAGGACAUCGAUGCCAAACGCAGAGAGAUCCAGAGCUUGAAAAACCAGAUCAGUGCCCUACAGAAAGGCUACAGCCAGGUGCUGUGCCAGAGCCUGUCUGAGAGGAACUCAGAGAUCACAUCCCUGAAGAACGAGGGCGAGAACUUGAGGAGGGACAAUGCCGUCACCUCAGGGAUGGUGUCAUCAUUGCAAAAAGAAGUGUUAACAAGGGAUGAGGAGAUUCAACAACUCAAACAGGAGGUGAACCAACUAAAAAGUGAGAACAAGGGAAAGGAUCACCAGCUUGAAGCCCUCAGCUCCAGAUGCUCCAUGCUGAAAGAAGAGUUAAAGAAGGAAGAUGCUCACAAGGAGCACCAGGAAGCCCAAGGGAAAGAGUUAAAACUCUGCAAAAUUCAAAUCCAAGACAUGGAGAAAGAAAUGAAGAAGCUCAGGGAGGACCUGAAGAAGAGUUGUACUGAACAGAACAUGAUCUCUAAAACGCUGCUAGAAAAGAGCAAGGUUGAAGAGAAGCUUCAGGAGGAUUCCAGAAGGAAAUUGCUCCAGCUACAAGAAAUGGGGAACAGAGAUAACCUCAUUAAAGUCAAUUUGGAAAGGGCAGUAGGUCAGCUGGAGCAUUUCAGAAGUCAAGUCAUCAAGGCCACCUACGGACGGGUGAAGCCGUUCCUGGACAAGCCCAUCACCGAUCAACAGCUAAUAGAGAAGAUUACCCAGGUCACUGAGGACAACAUCAACUUUCAGCAGAAAAAAUGGACGCUGCAGAAGGAGACUCAGCUCAGCAAUUCCAAACAGGAGGCAAUCACAGAGAACGUCGAGAAGCUGAAGGCAUCUUUAGACAGCUGCCAGGCUUGCAUGAAAAUGUCCUGCUGUAGCAAGGACCUGAAGAAGGAGGUGGACAUGCUUCAGACCCUUCAGGUGAGCCCACCUGUUUCAGGGCUCCAGAAGGUGGUGCUGGACAUCCUGCGCCUGUCGCUGUCCUGGCUGGAGGAAACAGAGCAUCUCCUCCAGGACGUCGGGAUCCAGUUAUCCAGCUCGGACACAGGAUUGUCUUUGUACCUGGAAUAUCUGCUGGUAUAUUAUAAAAAAAUUACAAGCCAAACCCAGGAACUUCAGAUCAAGAUCCACAGUUCUCAGGAAACUCAGCAGUCUUUCAUGCAAGAGAAGCUGCGGGAGCAUCUGGCAGAGAAGGAGAAGCUGAAUGAGGACAGGCUGCAGCAAGAGGAGAGGCUGAAAGCCAGAAUCAAGGGGCUCAUGGAAGAGAAGGCGGCUUUGGAGGAAAGCAUUACUCAAGAGAAAAACAGAGCAAAAGAAGCAUUAGAAGAAGAACAGAAGAGAAUCCAAGAGCUGGAGAAUCGUUUCGCCCGCCAGAAGAAGGUCUGGGAGGAAAGCAUUACUCAAGAGAAAAACAGAGUGAAGGAAGCAUUAGAAGAAGAACAGACCAGAGUCCAAGAGCUGGAGAAUCGCUUAACCCACCAGAAGGAGAUUUCAGAGAGCAGCCUCGCCUACGAGAAACACAAAGCAAAAGAGGCCAUAGAGAAGGAAAAGAAGAAGGUGCAAGAUCUGGAGAACCACAUAACCAAGCAGAAAGAGGAAAUAGACUUAAAAGUGCAAAAAGAAGAUGUUUUAAAUAAUAAAUUAAAUGACGCACUGGCCAUGGUAGAAGAGACUGAGAAAACCAAGACAGCCGAGAGCCUAAGAGCAGAGAGCCUCACCAUGAAAUUAAAUGAAACGUUAGCUGAACUGGAAACCGCCAAGACAAAAAUGCUCAUCAUGGAGGAGCGGAUACAGCUGCAACAGCGGACAGUGAAGGCCCUCCAGGAAGAACAGGACUCACAGAAACACGGAUUUGAAACAGAAAUCAGGAAAUAUAAGGAGCAAAUCAAACAGCACUCCCAGACGAUCGUGAGCCUCGAAGAAAGACUCCAAAAAGUGACUGAGCAUCAUAAAAAAAUAGAAGGAGAGAUUGCAACCUUGAAGGACAACGACCCAGUCCAGGAGGAGGUGAGGCAGCGAGACCCCCCAGCAGUGCCUCCGAUGGAGAGCAGUGUCAAAGAUGAAGUAUGUGACACCUUGAUAGGGGAUCUACUGACCGCUCAGAAGGAAAUCCUGUCUCAGCAGGAGGUCAUCAUGAGGUUAAGGAAAAACCUCACGGAAGCCCACAACCGAAUGUCAGAUUUGAGAGGGGAGCUUAAUGAAAAGCAGAAGAUGGAACUGGAGCGGAACGUGGCGCUGGUCCAGCAACAAAGCAGUGAGCUGCGAGCACUCAAGGAAAAGAUGGUGCAGCUGACCAGCCUGGUGGAAAGGAAGGACAGGGAGCUGGGGGUCCUCAAGGAGGCGCUCAGGGCCUCCCAAGAGAAACACAGAGUCCAGCUGUACAAGGAGAAGGAACGGAAGCCCAGGAACACGGCCCAGAUGUGUGACAUCUCAGUGCAGGUAGAACCAGUCCACACUGACAUUCUCUUGAGCAGUCAAGAGGAACAAUCCUUCAGUGAUCUAGGGGCCAAGUGCAAAGGGUCCCGACAUGAGGAAAUCAUUCAGCGUCAGAAAAAGGCCUUGUCUGAACUGCGUGCGCGAAUUAAGGAGCUUGAGAAGGUCUGCUCAUCAAAUCAUAAGGACCACCUGACUGAAUCCUAUCUAGACUUAAAGACGGUCAGAAUGGAAAAAAAUGUCCAGAAAUUCUUGGACGCAAAACCUGAUUUGCCAACUCUCUCAAGAAUAGAGAUCGGAGCGGUAACCAAACCUCAGAAUGGCCUUGGCAACUCAGCCAUCCCAGCCAUGGAAAAGUCAGGGAAAAUGGAUGUAGCUGAGGCUUUAGAUCUCAGUGAAAAGCUGUACAUGGACAUGAGCAAAACGCUCGGGAGUCUGAUGAACAUCAAGGACAUGUCCGGUCACAUAUCCAUGAAAUACCUCUCUGCAAAAGAGAGAGAGAGAGUCAACCACCUCCGACAAAGGGACCUCGAUCUGGUGUUUGAUAAGAUCACCCAACUCAAGAACCGGCUGGAGAGAAAAGAGGAGCUUUUGAGAGGAUACGAAAAAGACAUAGAACAGCUCAGGCAGAGCAAAGUGUCCGUGCAGAUGUACCAGUCGCAGGUGGCAAAGCUGGAAGACAACAUCUACAAAGAGGCGGAAGAGAAGGCUCUGCUGAAGGAGGCUCUGGGGCGCACAGAGCACCAGCUGCGCCAGGAGAAGAGAAUCAACAGGGCCAUCCGGCAGCAGAAGGAACGUUUAGAGGAUCGCGAACAGAGAAAUGCAAAAGAAUCAACACCUUGCAACUGUUCCUUCAAAGAGAAAGAGAGGCAGAGGCGAAUGUUUGUAGAGACGGUGAAGAACAAGAUGCAGAAUUCAAGUCCCCAGGUUGGAUCCAGAAAAGCCGCCCCAAAGAUGGACCAAGAGAGGGAGACGUUGAAGAAAGACACAUCCAGCCAAUCCAGCCAGAGCCUUCUGUUUUCUAAGCCUGGUAACAGGAGCUAGAAAUGUCAUCCCAUCGGGCCUUGCGUGAUCCUCCGUGAGUCACGUGGGUGACUCUUCUGUGUCAAAAUACUAAGACGCUUUUAUAGGACUUUAAAGGUUGUUACCCUGGUAUGUUGCUGCCUAGACUGGUGUUUGCACAAUGCUGUAUUAUGGAGCAUGCAGGAAUAGACGUUCUUUUUAGAAUUACUUACAGAUGUGCACAUACGGAGAAUGUAAGUUUCAAGCCCAGGCUCCUAGGCUUGGGGGACACAAUUAUGUGGCGCCACAUCUGAGUUGUGACGUACCCACACAUCCACCUCCGUGGAACUGCAAGAAACCCACCACUGGCAAAACCGAAGAUGUAUACUGGGGCCACAGGACAGAAUGGCAGCCUCGGGGCCAAGGCUGAGGCCAUGGUAGAGCACAUUUAUAUCUAAGUUUAUUAUAAUAAAUUUAGCAUGCCUAGUCAUCUUAUUGCUUCCAUCAUAAUGACUGACAUUUAUGUGGCACUCUGCAAUUUUCAAAAUGCUUCUCACCUAAUCCUCCCCCAAACCCUGGGAAGUAAAUAGUAUUCUGAUCCCCAUUUUACAGAUGAAGAAGAUCAGGUCCAGAGAGGUUAAAUUGCCUGUCUAAAAUCAUGAAUCACUAAAUUCAAAAGUUGGGUCCGGAACCCAGUUUCUGACUCCCAUCCCAUCCUGCCCAUUCGGCUGCAUGAGGGGUUCAGGCGCCAGCCUCCUGAGCAGGACAGACCCUAGUACCCGGUCCCGGAAGAGCACACGCUGCCCAGGUGGACACACCCCUUUAUCACCGUGUUUGUAGAGACCCUCAUUCUUGCUCCCGGGUCCUGCCCUCUCCCCGUCCAUCGGUCCCCUUGCCUUUCUGGUGUGGCCAGGACCGCCAAACAAAAUGGGAGGAAGAGCCAGAAGUCAUGAAUAUCGUUUCUUUUUUAUUUUUAAAAAGCCACAAUAAAAAUAUUUUGCUAUCUUAAAACCAA